AUGUCUGGUGGUUCCUUCUCCUGCUUCUCCAAACAGGGAAUACUCCUUCUCCUACUCUCCAACCUCCACUAUGGUGUGGGUGUUUCUUCAUACCUGUCAUUCCACAAGACAGUAGGGGACUCUGUGGAGAUGCCUGCAGGCUUAGAGGGGCAGAAUGUCACCCUAAUUAUGUGGAGGUAUAGCGAAAAGGAUAUUGCAGAAUUCAACUCAGAAGGUUUAUAUUUCCAUGGAUCCCAGUUCAAGGGGAGACUAGAAAUGAAUGCCAAAGACUUCAGUUUAACAAUUAGGAAACUGACUCUGCAAGACUCAGGGGAAUAUCUAGUUAUUACUGAAACAGACAAGCAGAUUCCCAGUAAGGCUGUCACUCUGCAGGUUCACGAGCCUAUAUCCAAGGUGGUGAUCCAGACAGACAUCACGCUAUUAGCCAACCACUCCUGUACGGUGCGGCUGGUGUGCAACGUGUCCUGCUACUCCAACCUUACAUACACCUGGGAGAGAGACAAUGAGAUGUACGCAGACGCCCAGCAGAUUCACCUCUCUCUCUCUCCUGCAGAGAGAGACAUCAUUGUAACAUGCAAUGCCUCCAACCUAGUCAGCUGGAAAUCUGCCUUUGCAACAGUAAAGUGUAGUAAUGACACAACCACACCAGAAUAUUUGACAGGACUGGUGUGGUAUAACAUCUAUGUCGGAGUAUCAGUAGGAGGCGCUGUGGUGCUGAUCCUCACUGUAGCUGUGGCAGUGUGCUACUGCAGGGUCCGCCGUAACACAGACAGCACUGUCAACACAAUAUAUGCUGAUGUUAUGAUCAACACAAUCAUUAAAGAUACAAGAUCAAACAGUCAGGUAAACCCAAUGUCCAUCUAUGAGACUGUCAAUGAUCUGGCUAUCCCAAGAUUGAAUGAGCCGCAGACUCUGUAUGACAAGAUCGCAUUUGGAUGCCCAGAGCCCCCCACCUCUCCCUACCAGAAAGUACUGUGAGCUGAACAGGAUGUGGUCAAAGGCUGGGCCUUUCAUAGAUAUAGAACACUCUGCAUCCUCUGCAUCUUGCAUGUGUAUGUAGUUAGGCCAAGAUGUUACUGGUUAAUUUCAUCACGACCUACACUAUUUGCUUACUUUUUCAUGAUUGGAAUCUUCUCCCUUUGUUGAUUCUCAUAUAUACAGUGUAUCAUAAGGCCUUAUGUCUUUCUUUGAGGCCCUAGUUACAAUUAGGAGAUUCUGAAAUGUGUAACAUGCAGUUGUAGGAGUGGUGAUCAAACAAGCUCAUAUGUCGAAUUUCUAUUUUCUUGAUUAAAGAGAAGAGUUGUAGAUAAUAGUAUGACAUUGAUUUGUGAGAAUGAUUUAUGCCUGUGAGUAGAAAGUAUACUCUUUUGCAUUAGGAUUAAGUGCUUGCCAGGCAUCAAUGAGGUUGUAAUCACAGAGUAUAUGCUGGAGAGCCUUGGUUGCGUGUGGA